AUGGCACAGCAUUUAGCAUCAAGUUUCGAGGCAAACCACCCUGAUGGCUUACAAAGCCUCAAAAAGGAGGUAAAUAUUAGAAUCAACUCUCAGCAGAUCUCUGGUCUUGCAUCAUCAGAAGAGGAAGAGGAAGAUCUUAAAUCAUUGGAAUCAUCCACAGGGUUGUCACCAUCGCCUUCAUCACCAUCACCAUCACCAUCAUCAUCUUCAUUUCGCUCUCCCUCCGCUACACCAAUGUCCAGCAAUGAGUCGGGAGAGUAUCUGGAAACUUCUUCUGUAUUAGACCUGGCCGUUGCCUCCUUCACAGAGUCUUUAACAGAUAAAAAUCUUUGUCAACAAUCAGAUUUGCUUUACCACGAUUUCAAAAGUUCGCUUGCGGAAGACGCACUAGCAAUGUUGCCCAACUACAACUUGUCGCCCACGGGAGAAGAGAGUGGCCUGUACUUGGUUAUUGACUUGGGCGGAUCGACAUUAAGAGUUGCUGUUGUUGAUAUAUCUCCAGACUUGGACUUGAACAGGAAGGAACGUGUCAAGGUUGUUAUCGAGGACAAAUGGAUUAUAUCCAACGAGUACAAGAAUAUCGACCUUAAUUUCUUUAAAUUUAUUGCAUCCAAGACGAUGGAGAUUCUACUGAAACAAUCAGCUAUAGAUUCAAAGGAAUUGAUCAAAACAGGAAUCACAUGGUCUUUUCCUUUGGAGACAACAGAUUACAAUAACGGAAAUAUCCUCCAUGUAUCCAAAGGUUAUACUGUUGACCCGGAAGUGCAUGGUCAAAACUUGAAAUCUUUGCUUGAAACUACAUUUCUUGAAGAGUUUAAUGUUGAAAUCGAUGUUAGAUCAAUUUUAAAUGACUCAUUGGCUGUGUACUCUGCAGGACUAUUUUUAAACUCUACAAUGAAAUUGGCCAUGGUUUUGGGAACUGGGUUCAACUUGUGCUGCUCGUUAAACUCACACGAGCAGAAAAUGCACUCAGCAAAACUCAUUGACGACAAGAUACUAUUCAAUACCGAAUUAUCCUUUUUUGGUCAAGGGUUGGUUCCCCAUUUUAUGACAAAAUACGAUGGAAUCAUAGACAAAAGACUUGUAGAGGCAGAACAACGGUUCAAAGCAUUUUCAAAAGUUGACCCCGAGACCAAUUCAGUCUUUCAACCCAAUGAACUAACAACAAGUGGCAGGUACUUACCUGAAUUAUGUCGUUUAGUGAUUGCCGACCUUUGGAAUCAGAAGGAAAUUUUCACUACAUUUAGUGAACAAGAAAUGGAUCGACUAUUAAAUGUGUCAUACGAUGGAUUUGAAGGUGAGAUUAUGUGCAUUGUUGAUGAAUGCAAUGAUUACCAAGAGAUUAAUGCGAAAAUGUGUAAGUGCUACAAUUGGAACAAGGCGAUUCCGGAAACCGAUAUCAAGAUGCUCAAGACAAUCACAGCGGCUGUUAUUCAAAGGGCAGCGUUCAUAGUUGCAAACUCCAUAAUUGCAUUUUUCAAAUUACAGAGAGAGUUUAAUACCGAUGACCAACUUAAAGGCCACUUGAGUGUUGGGUUUGUUGGAUCAGUGUUGGUGUAUUUUCACAAUUAUAGGGACUUGGUAUUGAAGUAUGUCAAUUCCAGCCAAGAUGCGCAAAGAGAAGGUUAUACAAUAGAUUUGCAAUUGGUGGAAAAUAGCUCAAUUGUCGGUGCAGCUAUAGGUGCAGCCUACCAUUCAUGA